UCAGCGCAGGCUCAACAGUAAAAAUAUGGCGGAGGUAAAGCAUCCUCUCGCAUGGUUUGAGUUCGUCUUUGAUCCCACGGGAACUCUGUUAGAAAAUCAUCUCAAAGAUGCCUUCGCAGUUCCUAGUGCUGCACAACUCAUUGUACAGUUCCUGGAGCGUUCCAAAGUGCCACCAUCUACAAACACGCCUGUCCCUGAUGGGAGCCUGCCAACAGAGUCCAAGAGAAGCAGGCAUUUGAAGCAACUUGCUUUACAGGUUGCCUAUCAUUUGGACUGGAACUUGGAAGCUCUGGAAAAUGGUUUAACAUUGCAGUGGCAGGAUUAUCUGUUUUCUCAGCUUCUGAAGAUUAUACCCUCUGCUUGUAUAGAUGGUGAUCUGAAUAGCAUUGAUCUCCGGUCAGCCAUGGCGCUUAUUAUCUACCACAGAUGGGUCAUUAGGACUUUGGCACAGCACUUCCUUCCAAAUGUGGGAAAAGUAAAAAACGGGACUUUGGAGGCUGCAACAAAUGAUGUCAUUCUCAAAACGUUGAAAGAUCAGUUGCCUUCAUCAAUUCAGAUCCUAGAGAAAGCCCUCACCAUCACACAAGACUUGGAAUUACCCUGCUCCCCUCAGCAGCAACAAGUGUCCCCCCAGAUGACUCCGCCUUCCUUGUCUAGUUUAGCUGCUGCCCAGACAACACAGGGGGGUGCAACACAUGGUGGUGCAACACAGGGUGAGAAGGAAGGAAAAGCUUCUUGUAAUGGCAUUGCAGAUGGUGAGGUAGUGAAGUCAACUGUUAAUGGAACAACCAGUAAGGUCAAGCAAGUAAAGAAGGAAGAUAUUAUCGCACAGGUGUCAUUUGAUUUGGGCACCUUGUACUUCUACCAGGAGAAGUUUGGAGAUGCUCUAAAACUCUUCCAACACUGCAAAGAGGCAAAGCGCUGUAAGUCAUCCUUGUAUACAGUAGACGAAUGCGAGCUGCAUGGCUACCACAUGGCUUGCUGUGGCAUCCUUGGUGAAGAUGUGAGGCACCAGUGGUCAAGGGUGGCAAGUCAGGGGAAGGUGCCCCUCCUGGAACAGGUGGAGCAAAGCAAGCGGUCUGGAAACAAGGACCUGGUGACCCUGCUGCUUCAAGACAACAUCCAUACUGAGCUCCCUAUGGACUACCGGCUCUACCUUGCUGCAGAAGUCCCAAAGUCCCCUGCUGACAGCCUUGCCACGGGAGAGUCUGUUACGCUAGCAUGUCAGGUUCAAGCAUGUAACACACUCAGACUUAUCAUGGAAGGGAAAGCCAUUCAGCAUGAAUUCUGGGACAGCUUGAAAACCUGUUCAACAGAAGAGCUUCGGUGUUUAUUAUCGCUCUGUGUCAAGUCUACAGAAAUUAUCAAGUCAACCCCUUUAAUAGCAGAUAAAGACCAACAUAUAAGAGUUUUGAAAUCGUUUGUCAGUCUUGUUUGUAACAGUGCAACAAAAGUGAAUGGUGCUGAAGUACUUCAGGAUGAGAAAUUCAGUUUGUUUGCUCCAGCAAAGAAACCUGAUGAGGUUGGUGAUCUCAAGAGAAAAAUGCCAAGGGAACCAUUACAAUUCAAACAAUUACUGGAAGAUUUUGUGUCAACAGGCGCUGAUCUAGAGUAUAGUAAUGCAAUAGCCAGACUUAGAGCAUGUUAUGAUGCACAGGAAAUUUCCGCUUUAGUGGACAAGCUGCGUCAGCUCAAACCCAACAGAAACCUACACAAUGAGAAUUUCACAUGCAUGCUGUACAAAGCCUCGUUAGAUGAAGUCAAAGACUCAAAACUGCAAGAUAUUCUUCAUGUGUUGCUGACGAAAGCGAUUCACUGCUCUACUAUCAAGGAGUAUAAAAUUUCAGUGAGCCUUUUAAGGUAUGCACUUGAGCAGAUUGAAGGAUUAACCUUGGGCCCUGUGGAAAGGAUUAGGAACAGUCUACAUCAAGAGCUUCUUGUGCUGGACAUCAAACUAAACUCAGGGAAAAACAAGAAUGAGGACCUUUCUGAGCAAGUCAAGUCUUACAUUUGGCAGACUGGCAAACGUACUGAUCUCCAGCCUUCCAUUGAAAGACACACAGUGGCAUACCUCCUAAACAACAAGGAGACUGCCUUCUUGACAAAUUUGAUGAACGAAAUGGAAGAUGUCCACAACACUGAUUAUAGACUGUUGGGUGGACUUUUAGCUACAACCUGUUCUUCCAUCACCAAGCCUCAGGGCUGGAGGAAACCAGUCCGUCAGCUUUGGGAUGGAGUCUUAAGAGUUUUUUCUUCAACGACACAACAGAAGCGACCUCAGGAAGGUCCUGGCAUCUCUAUUCGGCGCGAUGCAACCAACAUUAAUUUAUCAGGUUUUCUAUGCUUUGUGGACAAAAUUAAGGUAAGUUUUUGCAAAGGUGUGCACCGCUCUAUGUUGUGUACCUAUUUACCUUGAGCAACUAUAAAAGUCUGUGUAUUCCAGGGCUGUGUAGCAUGCUAUUUUUUUUUUCUUCUUCAGGAGUCA